AUGGUUGAACAACAACCAUCAUCAAAUAUUAAACUACAUACAUAUCAAAAGGAGGAUUUUGAACUGGUACCUUCAUGUAAAAUUAAUUCAAUUAUUGUUCCAUGUAAAAAUACUCCAUAUGUUUUUUUAUACGGGGGAUUUGAUGAUAAUGAUUCAUUAGAUGGUAACGUUUAUUUACUAAAGACAGAUACAAUGAAAUGGGAAAUUGAUAAUAAAGUUCCAAAUUUAUACAGAGAUGGUCAUCUGGGAGUUUACUUAGGUAAUGGUAAUAUUUUAAUAUUUGGUGGUUUAUUAGAAGAAGAAAUUGAAAAUCCCAAUGAUUCAUUCUUAAUGAUUUAUAAUAUCUUUGAUAAGAAAUGGAUUGGACCACCUGAAUUUGCUUUAAAAAAUGCACCUACUAAAAGAUCAAGGCAUGCUUGUUGUUUAUCAUCUGAUGGUUUGAAAGUUUUUAUAAGUGGUGGAAUUUAUAAAUCAAAUGCAUAUAAUGAUUUAUAUUGUUACGAUUUGACAACUGGAUUGUGGGAAGGUCCAAUUGAAUUUGUUUCAAGAUUUGAUCAUACAAUUAUACAUUAUAAUGACAAGAUUUAUUCUUUUAAUGGGUUAGACGGUGAUAUGAAUCAUGUUAAAUCAAUACUGUUUUAUUCAUUAAAGACGAAACAUAUAGGUGAAAUUCAAAUUUCAAAUUGUAGUUUAAUCACACCAUUAUAUAAUGAUAUAAAAAUUCUAGAGUCAAAAUCGGAUCCAAAGAUUUGUAUAUUCAUUAGUUUGCCUACGUCAUCUACAAAGGGGUAUUUGAAAAUUGAAAGUUUUAAUUUUGAUACAUUUGAGACUCAAAAUUUGAUUGAUCAAUUCGGAAUAGAUCAGUUAAUACCCAAUCUGUCAAAUUUUAUAUGGAAGAGUGCUUUUGUAAACCAUGAUGGAAAGUUGUAUUUACUUGGUUCAAGUCGGAAAAGUGCAAACUUUGGUGGAUUAUCAUGGGAUGAUUAUGAAGAAGAUCAUGAAGAAUCAAAGAUAUUGACAAAUGUAAUGGAAAUAAAUAUUCAAAAUUUUGGUAUCUCAAAUCAAGAGAGCAAUAUCUCAUCUGAUCUUUUGAGAUUAUUUCAACUGCAACAAUAUACUGAUUUUGAAAUUGCUUGUGUAACUGAUGAACAAAAUAGAUUUAAUUUUGAGAAUAAUCAACCAUAUGAAACCAAAUCCAUAUUGGUACAUAAAUCAAUAUUAUUAGCCAGAUGGGCACAUUUUCAAAGAAUGAUAUCAGUUGAAAUGAAUGAAACUAUAGAGAAUAAAAUGUUUAUACCAGAACCGGUUGAAUAUGUUAGAUAUCUACUUUACUAUUUAUACUCAGAUCAAUUAGACACCUCAGUCAACUACGACAUAGUAGAUUAUUCAACCAUCGUACUAUUAUCGAACAUGUAUGAAAUUAGAAAACUAAAGGUAUUAAUAGUUGAAAAACUAUUUACUUUAUUUUAUCACUUCAAAACAGAUUUCAUUGACGAUGAUGAACAUGUAACUAUUUUACUUAUGCUAUGGAAAGACUUAACAACUACUAAUGAGACUAUCUUACUACUGAAAAUUAUAGAAUUUAUUAAAAUUAAAUGGGCAACAGUUACAAGAUCAAAUUCUUUUGCAACUUUAACAAAAUCUGAAAUUGUUAAAUUAUGUCAAGACUCAGCAAAUAAAUCACAAGAAACAUCAAGACGUGGAUCAGUUGAUACAUUAGAAUUAAUUGAUACACCAAAGAGAAAUACAAAUUCACCAUUCUUAAUAGAUUCACCUACUUUAUAA